UGAGGCACUCAUUCUAUCGAUUCGCCAAUUUUGACCAAAAUUUAUUUUCAUUCCCCUCGUUGUGCUGACCAGUACUUACCGCUUAUGUUCCGAAAUUACCAAACCCUCCAAGCUGGAUAAUUUUAUGCUACAGAUCUUCACAUUUAGUAGACUUGAUGUGAUUUAUGAUUCAAAUCCGAUCAGUCCUUAGUGGUCAACGCGAUCGACCGGCAGCCGGACGGUAACCGUUCUUGAGAACUAGUCCUCUCGAAAUACGUCAAACAUACGGGAAUGCAUCUGUAAUUUGUUCAAACGUGUUCCGGUCUAGAUCGAGCGCUCCAACUCCCGGCACUUUGCCACCGAAAUCUGCAACGAAAAUUGGUGAUACUGCCCCGGAUCCAGCAAGUGAAUACACAAGAGUGCUUUCACAUACACAAUAACCAACGCAGUGUUUAGUGCUAUUGCAAUUAUAAUAAGAAGUGCGACAAAAUAUAAAAAAUGCCGGAAAAAGUAGUCGACAACCAGUACACGACCUUCGUGUUUCCUCAAAAACCGGAAAAGCUGACGUGGAAGCAGUUCAUCUAUAAUGAGAAAACCGGCAAAGUGUUUGGACGCACGCGUUACAGCUGGGGAGCUCUCGUCGUGUUCUACUCUGUGUACUUUGUGAUACUGUUUUCGUUGUUCGCCGCCUGUAUGCAGGGUCUUUUCUACACCCUGAGCGAUCAGUAUCCCAAGUAUCAGCUGUCCGAUUCACUGAUUGGAAACAAUCCUGGCUUGGGUUUCAGACCUAUGCCAGGGCACGUCAAACAGGGCGCCCUGGUUUACUACACGGCUUCGAACCAGUCCCAGGUGCAACCAUGGUUGACCAGAAUUGAAGAAUUCUUGGAACCUUAUCGAGAUCCCUCCAGACUCCCAGGCGAAGGAAAAAAUCAAGUUAUUUGUAAUUCAACUGGUCGACCUGCUCCAGGAAAAGUUUGCCAUGUUGAUUUAUCUCAAAUGGGUCCUUGCAGCGCUGAAAAUGGAUACGGUUACAACAAAUCAACACCGUGCAUUUUCGUCAAGAUGAAUCGCAUCUACGGAUGGGUUCCCGAAUACUACGAGAUUGAUGAACUACCGGAAAAUAUGCCUGCGGAUUUGGUGGAUCACAUUAAAUCUUUGCCGGAGAAGGAACGCAAGCAAGUGUGGGUGAGCUGCAAUGGAAUCAGUCCAGCCGAUAGGGAAAUCAUUGGCCCCAUAGCAUACUACCCAACUCGAGGUUUCCCCGGAUACUUCUUCCCGUACAUUAACACACCUGGAUAUCUGAGUCCCCUAUUGGCUGUUCAGUUUUUGCGCCCAGGAAUCAAGCAAAGCAUCAACCUGGAAUGCCGCGUUUGGGCCAAGAAUUUGGUAUACCGCGGAGGACUCAACUUCCGUAUGGGCUCCGUCAGUUUAGUUCUGCUCAUCGAUUAGUACGGGCAGUGAAUUCCAUUCGCAAACGUUGCGAAUGAAUUGAUCAAACAGCGAACAUCAUUAGCACUACCAGGUUUUGUAGCGACAAUCUCGCGAAACGACGUGACGGUUGACACGAUUGAGAAACGUGUAACAUAUAGGAACUACCAUAUUUGUAACGUCAUAGCUGUCUGCUGAUGAAGGUGCUACGAAACCUAUCUGAUAAAAAUGCGUCUUACUUAUUUUUGUGAAUUACAUAGUGAUUUUAAUAUAUGAUUCAAGUUUUAUUGAGCCUUUUGCUUUAAAUAUUUCGUUUAUCAACAAGAUCGUAAUGCAUACAAUUUAAAGAACAAGGUAAAAACAAUUAAUGUAAGAAAAUUUACUACUGAGUAAUGAUAAUGUGUGACCUAAACUAACACAUAGACAAAACAAUGUAAAAGCAGGUACAACACGUAAACUAAAUUGAAAUAAAACCUGUCAUUGAUAGUGCAAAAUUCA